CACACCCUCUUCCCGCGGGGUAGACUCGGGACUGAGGAACCGGUUCCGAACGCGCCGGAACCCGGCGCCGCCGGGCGACGCUGGGUCACGUGGCCAACGGCCCCGUCGCGUGCGUCGACGUGGCGUUCAGGCGGCUGGCCGAGUGGCCCCGCCACCUGCGUCAGCUGUGCCGCCGCGCUAUCGCCAUGGACCUGGGCCCGAUGCGCAAGAGCUACCGCGGGGACCGCGAGGCAUUUGAGGAGGCUCAGCUGAUCUCUCUGGAUCCCCUGAAGCAGUUUGCUGCCUGGUUCGAGGAGGCCGUUCAGUGUCCUGACAUAGGGGAGGCCAAUGCCAUGUGUCUGGCCACCUGCACCAGAGAUGGGAAGCCCUCUGCCCGCAUGGUGCUGCUGAAGGGCUAUGGCAAGGAUGGCUUCCGCUUCUUCACUAACUUUGAGAGCCGGAAAGGAAAAGAGCUGGACUCUAAUCCCUUUGCCUCCCUCGUCUUCUACUGGGAGCCCCUGAACCGCCAGGUGCGUGUGGAGGGCCCUGUGAAGAAGCUGCCGGAGGAGGAGGCCACCAGCUACUUCCACUCCCGCCCCAAGAGCAGCCAGAUCGGGGCCGUGGUCAGUCAGCAGAGCUCCGUCGUCCCUGACCGGGAGUAUCUGAGAAAGAAAAACGAGGAAUUGGAGAAGCUGUACCAGGAGCAAGAGGUGCCGAAGCCAAAAUACUGGGGUGGCUACGUGCUGUACCCACAGGUGAUGGAAUUCUGGCAAGGCCAGACCAACCGCCUGCACGACCGCAUCGUCUUCCGGCGGAGCCUGCAGACGGGGGACACCCCGUUGGGGCCCAUGACGCACCAAGGGGCGGAAGGCUGGCUCUACGAGAGGCUCGCUCCCUGACCCCAGGCUGGGCGCCCGGGAGCGAGGGCCGGCGCUGAGGGAGGCUGUGGGGUUGGGGUCAGGCCCUUCUAAGGGCCGCGGUUUCCCGCCCCGCUCCCUGUAUGUCGGGGUCUCCAGAGCCACCUGAGUGCUCCACUUGGCUGGCUCCCAGAAGCUCUCUAGCGGAGUGUCAUGGCGGCACAGAGAGUCACACACGGACAAUCAUCUCAUCGUCAUUUUCUCGGUUUUGACACUGGUUUACUGGAAUGGCUCCCUCUGGAGGAAGCAGCUGCUGGAAUUCCCUUUCCCAGUGACACAGAGCCGGCCCCAGCAGCCCUGUGUUUGACCACUGUGACAGUCAUACUGGCCAAAGCUGAUCGGUCCCAGCAUAAGCACCUGAGCCAGUCCCGAUAGUCGGUUUUUCUUGUCAGCUACUGGAAACUGGGCACGGAGAGACCCAGAGCAUGCUCCCCGAGGCCGCACUGUGAGCGGCAGCCAAGAAGCCAGGCCUCUGGCUGCUGCUCUUAAAUUCCCCCAGUGGCCUGGCGCCCCCUUCCCACUCCUGAGCCCUGCAGUUCCUCCUCCGGCCUCACACCCACCGUCUC